AUGCAUAAACGCAAAAGGGUCCACUUCAACGACAUUGUUGAGUCCACUCCACGGCAGGGGCAAGUCCAGGAGGGCGAGGUAUUAUUACCGCAAUCCCCACGGCAAAGCAGACACGGUAGUAGCAACCCAUCUUCUCAGCAAAAAUCAACAUUCCGUCAAGUUCCCCGAAUGCCCUUACCAGCGUUGAUUAGGGAGUACAAGAGCCUCAGUAUCGCUAAACAAAAAACACAUAUUACAACUUAUAUUAUAAGUAUAGCAGCUAUAGCUGAUAUUCUUCUUUGUUUAGAUUAUGACUGGUCUAUAAUCAGUGAGGAGGUUGAGAAGACCUUAAGAAAUCGUGAUUCGUCUGGGUCGACCAACGACCUAAUAAGCACAACAAAGCACACGACCGAACAGGAAAGUGAAGAGCAACAAAGAAGUGAGCAGCCAUUUCUUCAUGGAUCCGACGACAUCACCGCCAGUGCCGGGGCAAUCAUAGAUGGCGACUCGCACAGAACAAGCAAUAUUCAAUCGAAAGAGACGGAGCCGGUCGCAGCCGACAGGAGAAAGAUAUUACCAUCCCGAGUUGGUUCUGGUGAGACAGAACCUCAACAGCAAUGUGCAGCGGGCGUGAAACUGAAGAAGGCACCCCGGACUCUUGAAGGUCUCAAAAGACAGAUCAACGAGAAAAAUUCUUCGACAAUAAGGAAUGAGAUGCAAGACCAGUGGAAUAGGUUUACUUCUGCUGGUAUAGGACUGAUUGACCCAUCAAGUCCACGCCUUAGGGAAGAAGACUGUUACUAA